AUAAGCAAGCCCGUUUAAGAUGCCGUGUACUUCCAUCGGUUGCCGUCCACACUGAAAGCUCAAAACUUUUCAGCUUGGCUAUGGAGGCGAACACGUCAGCAACUGGACCCGAACCAUUUCGUCUGUUUGAUGAAAAAUCCCAAUCUGGGUUUGGGUUAGGAUUUCUUGAUGUCCCAGAAAACAAGCCUCUUCCACCUCCACCUCCUUCUGUUGAAGUACUUUCCUCACAGGUUAUAUCAAAUGUGGAGUUUAAUGUGGAGCCUAUAAAUUUGGAUGGCCUUGCUUUACUUAAGGGAAGGGUGAGUACAAAGGAAGUAUUUGGUUUGUCUAAUUCAGAUUUAGUCCCCGGCAAAUAUGAAGGCGGGCUGAAAUUGUGGGAAGGUUCAUUAGAUUUAGUGAAGACUCUGAACUCCGAGAUGCAAAGUGGGCAAUUGUCACUGACUGGAAAAAGAGUUUUAGAGCUUGGUUGUGGUCAUGGUCUUCCUGGAAUUUUUGCCUGUCUGAAGGGUGCUCGUGCUGUACAUUUUCAUGACUUCAAUGCUGAGGUGCUGCAAUGCCUAACUAUUCCAAAUGUCAAUGCAAAUAUCCAACAGAAUUUGUUGGCCACAGAUAAUGAUAGCGCUGAAGUUCGCUUUUUUGCUAGUGACUGGAGUGAAGCUCAUCUGAUUCUUCCUCAUGUACUUGCUGAUGAAGGUGGCACAAAAAGCUGUAAAACAGUUGAUAAGGCUGCUGGUUAUGAUAUAAUUCUCAUGGCAGAGACAGUGUACUCAGUUUCUACUUUACCUACUCUGUACAAACUUAUUAAAAAGUGCUUACAUAGUCCUCAUGGAAUUGUAUAUCUAGCUGCAAAGAAGCAUUAUUUUGGUGUCGGUGGUGGAUCAAGGCGAUUUAUUUCGAUUGUGGAGAAAGACGGUAUUCUAGCGGCUUCUCUAGUUGCUGAAGUUACAGACGGCUCCUCUAACGUUCGAGAAAUCUGGAAACUCCACUUCAGGUGAAGUUUGGUUCAGUUGUCUGGUUCUAGUUUCUUGUAGCUCAUCUUUCUAAAAUGGGGAAUCCAGAACAUGAUCUGUAUGAAAAAGAAUAGGGAAUUGUUUUCUUUCUUAAAUAGAAGACUAAAUUAUGUUCUAUUAGUCAUAACCUUACUUUAAGGGAUCGCUUGGUAGGAUGCAUUAGAGAAAAUAAUGCAUGCAUUAGCUUUCGGUAUUACGAAUCCCUUGUUUGGUACA